AUGACUACGGUCUUUAUAAGUUAUGAGAGAGAUCAACGUGCAUGGGAAGCGCUAGUGCUGGAAGCGGCCAAAUUGGGCGAGGAAAAACUCGCUCCAGCCCUCUACAAAUAUGAAGAUUUGAUAACUGAUUGUACAUUUUCGGGAAAGAAAUGCUCAGCGGCAGAUUUUACUCGGGUUGUUGAUCCUGUCUAUGGCGCUUGUUAUUCGUUCAACGAGGACGCUUCACUCAGCUAUUCCACUAAUCGAGCUGGCAUGAAAUUUGGCUUGAAACUGCUCGUCACUGUUAGCCAACACACAACGUCUAUGGAGAACGAUUUUCUUCCGACAACGAGGAUGGUUGGGGCAAGAGUUUCAAUUCAACCGAGAGGAGUACAUCCUUCCCUUGACAACAACGGGAUUCACGUUGGAGUGGGCCAUCAAACGGCCAUUUCGAUCGUAUCGACGAAAAUCCAACGAUUGAAGAAGCCAUAUCCCGGAAGAUGUAUAGACACCGAGCCGGAAUCAACCAAUCUUUACAAGUCAAACGUAUACGUACUGGAGACGUGCUUUUACAACUGUCGUCAACGCAACACCAUCGAACAAUGUAGGUGUGCGAAUCCACGGUUCAAAAAAGUGACGCGGACCAGUGGUGUAGGCCAACGAAACCAGAUUGUAAUGGACUGCCUGAGAUCACUUCGUGGAGAUCAAGCGUCGACAACGCCAAAUAUCUGCCCGUUGACCGAUUGUUCCUGUGGUUCACCAUGCUCUGAGACUUCGUACAUCACCUCUGCCACUAUCUCAAAAUUCCCUGCAGAAGGUUAUUUCGUCGCAACUGAUCCUACACAAGGAGUGGUUAGCGGUUGGCCCUAUGACGAAUGUAGUAUAGUUAUCGCUGUGAAACAGAAGCUAUUUUUAGGCUGGAAGCUGCGACAAUCAAAACACAAUUUUCAAUCAGGAACUUCAUUUCAUAACAAAGAUUUUUUCCAGGAUCAAGGCAAGUGUCGUGAUUGGUAUGAGAAGAAUGCACUUGUAUUGCAAGUGUUUUUCGAAACGCUGAAAUAUGAGUCCUACAAGGAAACGCCGAGUUAUGGAAUCUCUGCAGUACUUAAUGACCUCGGUGGUCACGCUGGACUUUGGCUCGGACUUUCAGUGAUUUCCGUAAUUGAGGUAAUUUUUUAUGAAACUAGAGUAAAAAUGGUAGUUCGAGAGAAAAUCUGCAGAAAUAUUGAUGGAACCUGCAGUUGUUCAUCGAUCUGGCGAAUAUUUCACUUAAUUCCAUUUCCAAUGACUGGAAUUUGGAGCUCAGUUUUGAAAAUUCUGGUUUUCUAA